CAACACACACUCUCAUAAAUCGAAAAAGAACGAACAUAAUUUUUUAAGGUGUCGCGUUUGUGUGGUUUUUUCGCGUGAAACUUAUUUCUAUUUUCCCUCAAGAAAUUAAAAAACAAAAUUAUUGCUCUCUAAAAUAAUCAAACAUCUUAACAAAUAACGCAAAGAACAAAAGCUCAAACCACUAAAUGCAAAAUAAACUCGCAUAGCAAAGUUAAAAUAAAAAUAAAGAUUUAUACCAAUAAUGCAUAUCUCAAUAAAACGUCCAAAAAACUAAUACACAAACAACAUAACAACACAAAAAGAAUUUUUAUUUUAUUUUUGUAUACAUAUACCUGCGUGCGUGAACGGAACGUGAAAUGCAAUGCAUGAACGAAAAAGAAUCGUCUUAAAAACCGUGCUAUAUUAAAGUUUUUCUUUUCUAAUUUUCUUUAUUGUAAUUUUAUUAAUAAUUGAAAAUAUCGUUUGUUUAAACUGUAAACAAGUCAACUUGAAGGGAUUUUGUAAUAUGGAAUCCCAUCUCUCCUCGUCAAAGUGAAACAUUUUCUGAAUGAGGAGACUUAGACUUCUUGGUGCUUCAGCUGCUUCUACUUUUACCUACAUCACUAACAGCACCAUAACUUCAGUCAUUCUUAAUUUGAUUUAGUUGGGGCUGUAGCUGUGGAGUGUCUAGUGUCGACAUCAUUAUUGGGGAAUCAUUUUUAUCUGCAUCUCCAGCAGUACCAGGUCCGUCAAUUAACAUGAUAUGCCACAAAUGAGUAUUGCCCAUUUUCAAGUAAAUCAUUGAAUAGAAUCGUUUGUUCGAUUCUCAUGAGGAAGAUGAUGAUGAUGAUCUUGAGCAGCAGCAGCAGCAGUUUAUCAUGCAAUGUUGUUGAUGAUUACCUCGGUGACACACUCGACCGAGAGGAAGAGGAAUCAAAAUGAAUAAUUUAUUUAUGCUUCCAAAAAGCUACCCGUCCACUGUGUUUCAUGCUUUCGAUUUAAUUUCCAACACAAAGUCACCACAGAAAAAGCAGCCGCCACAACAAAUUGAGAGAAAUGUUAAAAAGAAAUAAUCAAAGAUUUUUAAAAGAAUGCAUUGAAGAUCUUGUUAUAAACCAAACGAAGAGCACAUCGUGACAACGAAUCUACCUAAUAAACAAAAUUGUUGACAAAAUAAACACGCAAACCAACAAAAUAAAAUGUUCUCACUACCCCGGAGCUAGAAAUAUUUAUUUCAAUAACUCAUCGAAAUAACGCGUAAAACACAUAAAAAAGGCAAAGAAUUUAAAUUAAAACAACAAAAAUCGAAGAAAAAGUGAAUUAAAAAAAAUAUAUAACUAAUGUCACACAUUAUAAUAUAUAAACAAAGAAAAAGAAAACAGACACACAAUUUUAAACAGAAAAAGUAGUAAAAAUAAAUUAAAAUUAAAAAGAAUGUGUUCUUGUUAAUCUUAUCUAAAUCUAUUAAUAUAUUAAAAAAAAAAAAUAUUAAAAGCAAAAUAGAUCAUUAGUAUAUCAACGAAUAUUAUUUUUUAAUUCCAAUUUUUAAUCAUUAAAUCAAAAGUUAAAUGUGUAUAAGUUUUAAGUGAACUUUUCCGAUGCUUACUUAGUUAUUUUUAAAUUUAAAUAUCGUUAAAUUUGUUUGUUAGAAUAUACACUUAUAUAAAUGUAGAGGAACUCUAAUUCUUUUCUUAAAGUAAUAAUCAAAAAUCAUAGGAGUAGUUCAAGUAGAAAAAAAGCAAUCGAAGUUAAUUUGUUGAUCCCGUUGUUUUUGUUGUUAAAAAAUUCAAAUUUCGGUCCAUAAUUAAUAAUUUGUUUAUGUUCUCACGGCCUUGUCUGAAUGCCUUCCAAAAUAAAAACAUAUAUUUGAUAAAAUCUUCCAUGUCCAUGAAUUUUUAAAAUUCUUGACAAUUUUUUUUAAUGUAAAUUAAGAAUUUAAAAAAAAAGAUAGAAAACAUCGUUGCUAAUAUUAAUAAUUAUUACUGUCCAAAUUUAAAACAUAAAAUUACAACGUAUUAUUUUCUAAAUAAGAUACUAAUCAUAAAGUAAAAAUUAAAAUCUUUGAACAAAGUAAAGAAUAAUCUUUGUUCAAAAAUUGUUUGAUGGAACGAAAUUAUAUAGAUACAUCUUAAAUAGCAAAAUAUACUUUGUAUGCAAUCCGCAAAUUAAAAAGCAUUUCUUAAACUAAACUACAACAGAAAAAAAAGCUAUCUUUUCCAACAAUAAGGCGUUCUGGUUGCCAUUUAACAGGACCAGUCUAUCCCAGGCAUAGUCGGUUAAAUAAGCCUCGUUGUUUUGCAAUACAAAUUUAACUUAACGUCUCAAUACAUCAGACGCUGUGUGUAAUUAAAUCUGUUUAAAUACAAUUUGGCAUGAGCCAUACGCCAGCUUUGAAGAAAUAUGAAGAUAAUGAGUGUAGUGGGCCAAGACCACCUGUUCCCGGAGAAGAAAGUCGAGUUAGAAAGAUGACCGAAGGGGUCUCGGAAAGCUCAAAAAAUUCUCCACCUUCAUACUUGAACUGGGCAUUGCGGCUAUCAUAUCUUCUUGAAGAUAGAGAUGGAGUUGAACUGUUCAAAAAGUAUGUCGAAGAGGAAGCCCCUGCUUAUAAUGAUCAUUUGAACUUUUACUUCGCCUGUGAGGGAUUGAAACAACAAUCGGAUCCUGAAAAGGUGAAGCAAAUUAUAGGUGCAAUAUACAGAUUCCUCCGAAAAAGUCAACUGUCCAUUUCGGAAGAUUUGCGACGCACCAUCAAAGCGGGUCUCAAAAAUGAAAUUGCGCUCAGUCCAAAAAUAUACGAUUCUCUACAGCAAGAUGUCGAAAAGACUAUUAAUGAACGCAUUUAUCCGACAUUUUUGGGUUCAGAAAUGUACAUUGAGUAUAUUCAACAAAUGUCCGCAGCUCAGGAACGCUUUAGCGGGGCAACGCCGUCGACCAGUGGAAGCAGUAGUAGUGCCAGUGGCGGUGGUGGAAAUGGUAAUUUAGGAGCUAGUGGAGGUUGCAGUGGGAAAAAUCCCGCUCUUAUUCCAAUGGCUGCCUUAGCUGCAGGAACAAGUGGAGCUACAGUCGGCAGUUGUAGUGCCAGCGGUAGUGUUUAUGGUCCCUCAACAUCGGCUAGCUCAAGUGGUUCUGUAAGUGCAACUGAUACCCUCCCGCGCAGCUCAACUCUUCCUACGUUACAUGAAGACUCAGAGUUAUCAAUAAGUGAUGAUUUUGAAAAGCUACGUGUUGAAGGUGGAAGAAUGUCGGCCGACAUGCCAAUGCGGCUAACAAGAGAUCUUCUGUUGGCGACACAAAAGCGAAGACUGGAAAUUAGACCUCCUGGAGCCCAUGGUUAUGUGUAUACAGCAAAUCAAAGUACUUCCUAUAUGCCUAAUUCGAGGGUAGACUCGGAAAGAGCAAGUGUAAGUUCCGGUGGACGAACCGAUUCUGAUACGAUGUCGCUCUCAAGUUGUUCAAUGGAUGGUCGUCCAUACAUCCAACGAAGACAUAACUCUUCGGAAAGUAAAGCAAUAAGGCAGAGUGCUCAAGCCAAUAAGGAAACCAAUACGUUUCAAGUUAUCCCGCGAACACAACGACUGCAUUCGAAUGAACAUCGUCCUCUUAAGACAUCAGAACUAGUAGCAUUGCUUAUUCCAAAACUAGAGGAGGUGAAACGUAAACAAGACCUAGAAGACCGGGCUCAUCGUGAGCGUUUCUUGGAUGAAUCCAUUCCAUCGAGUGAUAGGCUUGCCAGUGAUCGAGCAUUCGCCCAAGCGAUAUGUGAAAAAUUCGCCCUCGACGAAGACAACGAUCAAGACAUUCUUGAUCAGCAUGUCUCACGUGUUUGGAAAGAUCAAACUCCACAUCGAUCUCCCGGUACAAUGUCACCGUGCCCUCCACUACCAACAAGAAGACGAACUACUCACGAUUCAGGAAUGUUAAGCGAUGGUGCCAUAAGCAUAAGUGGGCAGUCAAUGAAACACUCAAAGUCAAUGCCCGAUCAUAGUUCCUCCUCAAGGAAGCUAACCAAUAAAUGGCCUUCCAUAUAUACUGAUAGUGGAAUUAGUCUAAUCUCAGCCGACACUCUUAUGAAGUACAAAGACGCCAGCUUGAGACCUGGUUCAAGUACCGCCUCACAGUUAGAAGAGGCAAAAAGAAGACUGGAAGACGAGAACCGUCGGUCUCGUCGUUACUCACAACAACAUCCUUUGCCAGCUAUGCAGCCGGCUCAAUCAAUGAGCAGCAGUAGUAGUGGCAGUAGUAGUUUACAUCAUCCACCACCACCGCCGUUGCCCGCUAAGCCACAGGAAACAACAACUGUUGUCUUCUCGUUCUGUGAUGAGGAAUAUCCAUAUCGAUCUAAAAUUCCUGGUACUCAACCAACGUUAAAACAAUUUAAGGAUUAUCUGCCAAAAAAGGGAAACUUUAGAUUCUUCUUUAAAACCCAUUGUGAGGAUCCCGAUAGUCCAGUAAUCCAGGAGGAGAUUGUUAAUGACUCUGAUAUCUUGCCUUUGUUCGAAGGCAAAGUGAUGGGUCUGGUCAAGCCAUCCGAUUAGAUAUUAAGUUUCUUGUAGUCAGUUUUUUACACAAAUAUAAAUUAAAAAACAAAUACCAAGAUUAAACAACAAAAAAAACACAAAUUAAUUUAACAACAACAUGCAAUUUAUGUCAAUGUAUUAACAAAUAAAAAUAAUGCAAACAAAACCGCAAAAAAAGAAAAACAAACAAAAAUUAAAUACAAAAGUUAAAAACCAAUAAAAAAAUAUUUAGUGAUAAAAACAAAUUAUUAACAAACAAAAACAAAAAGAAAUUGUAAAAAGUCGUAUUUUUUAAAUUUUAUAACAAAACAAAAAAGAACAAAACCACAAAUAAAACAACAACAAAAAUGCUAAAACAUUUUGUAUUGUUAAACAUUUCAAAAUGUAUCAACAGUCUACACACGAAGAAAAACACACUCAUUCGUAAGAUGCAAAUAUUUUUGCAAACGAAAAGAAAAACAUAAUUAUUUAUUUGUAAAUUGUUUUGGCGCUUACCAAACAAAAAAUUAAUAGAAAAUAGAAUACAAAUACAAGAAACUAGAUAACUCAGUAUAUUAGCAUAAACGAUUUCUGGAGGAGAAUUGAAUGAAAACAUUAAGGAACACACAAGUUGCAAAAUCUAUGUUACCUAGAAGCUAAAUUAAAAUAUUCAAAUUUAUCAUUUCCUCUCAAAAAUAAGUAAAUCGAUUGAAUGUAUUAUUUGCGUGAAGUGCCCAAUUGUUUCCAGACAUGCUUUUUACAUGUUAUUUUCUUAUAGAAUCUUUUAUGCCUAAAAAAAGGCAAACGUGUUUCGAUUGAUGCAAGGAUAAGAAGUGAUAUCACCUACACUAUUCUGCAAACAAUCUCUUAAAGAUACAAAACGGAAACCUCUGGCAUUCAUAUUUCAAUGUUUUUAAACCCAACGGACUGUUAUUAUAGGAAACAUCACAGAAAUAAAUACAUACAUAGUAUUGUUAAUAAUAAUCAAAACAAUUUGAUCAAUUUGAUGGGAUACCAAAACUUUGAAAUUCUUCUUAUGUUAGCUAAAACUGUUCCCUAGCGAGAAAAAUGGGUCGAUGCUUUCUUUUCUUAUUAAAUUAAACAAAUUAAGAACAUUUUCGAGGGAACCUUUGGUUUCAUAAGUUAACAGUUUAUAGUGUUUAAAUGAAUUACUUGAAACAAAAUUAUAUUUUUUGUUUUGAAUUUAUUUCUUCUGCCUUGUGAAGCCAAAUUCCAUACCGAUUCCAUUUUUAAGCUUAAGAGGACUUAUAAUAAAACGAUUUUCUAAUAAAAUAAAUCAAUUUACCUCGUUUUGCAAGCUUACUAACAGCAUACGUCAAUAUUGCAGUAUCAUUUACCUAACAACAUUUUAAUAAUUUCUACAACCCCUUUCGUACAUAUAGACAUUGUGUAUGACCAUAGUAAACACUUUUCUAGUUACAAACUUGCAGCAAGAUCUGUUUUCAAGGUGCUAAACCAAUCAUCAAACAAUUCUUCUCCUAAAUUGCAUCUAAAAACAAUAAAAAAAAAAAAAACAAA